CUGUCCGCGUCCGAGGGAUCCGAUCUCACCGGAUUCCGUCCCGAUUCCGGCAAGUGGUUGGCCAGCCGCCACCGCCCAAUCCAAUUCCCGACCCGAGCAGGUCAGGACACCGUUGAGUAUUUCAUUGGCCGUCUCCGUGUGGCACUCGGUUUCUGAACUGAACCCAUCGGGCCUGACCUGAGUCGUCCUCUUCUGGACCUCCUCACUGAAGCCCUCCAAAUAAUGGCGGCCGCCGCAUCGGCGCUUCGGCGGGUCUACCUCGCCGUCUACAACUGGGUCGUCUUCUUCGGAUGGGCGCAGGUGCUGUAUUACGCGGUGUCGGCGCUGCUAGGGAGCGGCGGCCACGAGGCCGUCUACGCUGCCGUCGAGAAGCCUCUGCAGUUCGCGCAGACCGCCGCCGUCAUGGAGAUUCUUCAUGGGCUUGUAGGAUUGGUGAGGUCUCCGGUCUCUGCAACCAUUCCACAAAUUGGAUCCAGAUUGUUUCUUACAUGGGGCGUCUUGUGGAGCUUUCCUGAGACGCAGUCUCAUAUUCUUGUUACUUCCUUGGUCAUAAGUUGGUCCAUCACUGAGAUCAUUAGAUAUUCUUUCUUCGGUAUGAAGGAGGCACUUGGACUUGCACCUUCUUGGCUUUUAUGGCUUAGGUAUAGCACUUUUAUGAUAUUGUAUCCAAUUGGUAUCCUUAGUGAAGUUGGGCUAAUCUACAUUGCUCUGCCCUACAUGAAGGCAUCCGAGAAAUAUUAUCUUAAGAUGCCUAACAAAUGGAACUUCUCCUUUGACUACUUCUACACAUCUGCUAUUGCCAUUGGCGCUUAUGUUCCUGGAGGGCCACACAUGUUCACUUAUAUGCUUGCCCAGAGGAAGAAGGCCCUGUCAAAGGCAAAGACUGCAUGAAUUUUUUAGAGCUCUGUAAUUGGAGUUUCUAAUGUGACAUGUGAAAGCGCCAAACAACUCAGAUCUGUUGUUCUCUGUAGUAGAACUUAGGCAGUGACCGAGAAUGUCAUUGCUAGGCCCGAGUUACCCAACUUGUGUUGUAACAGUAUGAUCGUUGUAGUUUCCCUGGUUGCUUGAUUUAAACACGAUGUGGUACCGACCUAGGACAAUGUACCUACUACA